AUGACAACCCCAUUCCAAAAAACCCUCUCCCUAAUCGACGCCGCACACGCACAAGACCCCAAAAAAAUAACCACCCCUCCUCCUCCUCCUCCUCCUCCUCCAUCAUCAUCAUCCACCGCAACCCCUACCGAAAUCCCCUACGAACUACACUACGCCAACAAAAUGACCAAGUACCUCCUUCUCCACACCCCCUCCGCUUCAGACGCCCUGCGCCUCGCCGUUCGCGCGCAGCACCUGAAACGCUGGGAAGUGCCGCGGACAGAAUACCCCGCGACCCGGGCAGGGUACUACGCGUGGCGCACGUACCUGGGGAAACGCCAGGCCGAGCUGGUUCGCGAGAUGUGCAUUGCGGGCGGAUAUGAGGGGGAUGUAGCGGAGAGGGUUGCGGCGCUGGUGAGGAAGGAAGGGCUCAAGCCGGGUUCUGGGUCUGCGGGUGCGGGUGCGGAUGCGGAAACGCAGGUGUUGGAGGAUGUAGCGUGCUUGGUGUUUUUGGAUGAUCAGUUGGAGGAGUUCCAGGGCGGGUAUGCGGAGGAGAAGGUGCUUGGGAUUCUGAGGAAGACUUGGACCAAGAUGUCUGGGAGGGGGAGGGAGAUGGCGUUGGGGAUGGAGUUGGGGGGGAAGGGUGCUGAGUUGGUUGCGAAGGCUUUAGCUUGA